AUCCUCAAGCUCCAGUCCUCAAGUCUUUUUCCAGAACAAUUACAAAAUAGUCCCAUCAGGCUGACAGUGUCUUAAAACAACAUUAGUGUUGCUGUUAUACUUGGCACUGCAUGAACUGACACACGGCCACCUUUGUGAGUCCGUUUGACCUGCUGACCCCUGAGCGUCUGCCCUCUGACCUUUGCCCUGUAGGUGGCCUGUACGCUUGUGGCGGCUCUGAUGCAUCUGUUCUUCAUGGCUGCCUUUAGCUGGAUGCUGGUCGAAGGCCUGCUGCUCUGGAGCAAAGUAGUGAGCGUUAAUCUGAGCGAAGACCGCCACAUGAAAUACUACUACCUGAUUGGCUGGGGUCUGCCAGUGCUGAUCGUCACCAUCACACUGGCCUCUGCCUCUGGGAAAUACACUGCUGAUGGUCACUGCUGGCUCAGUGUUCAGAACGGCGUCAUAUGGGGCUUCGCAGGACCCGUCAUCUUCAUUAUUAUGGUGAACAUCAUGAUUCUGACCCGUGUAGUGGUGAUCACCAUCGCCACCGCCAAGAGGAGAUCUUUAAUGAUGGCCCUCAAUAACAGUCCUGAAGAGCAAAUCUCUGAGCAGAUCAGGGCGGCUGUGAAAGCUGUGCUGGUUCUGUUGCCGAUCCUGGGCCUGACGUGGCUUUGCGGUGUGCUGGUGCCGUUCUCCGUGGUCAUCGCUUACGUCUUUAGUCUUCUCAACUCACUGCAG